AUGCAUUUUGAAAGCUUCGUGCGACCACAGGCUGACCUUCGGAUUGAGGCAGACAACCUGGAUAUGUUCAACAACAACUUUCCAUAUCGCCGCACUGGAAAGGGACUUCGGGUCAUUUUCCCGGAGGUGCUCCGACCAUACGUGACCAAGGAUUUGCUGGUGGAGUCAUUGGAGGACGGCGUGCCGUUGCAAGCCGUUCUUGGGAAGGAUGCUCGUGCUAGCCGGGACUGCAAAGCAGCCCCACCGCCAACUCCAGUCGAAGAGCUUAGGGAAGAGGUUGGAGGACUCUGCAUGGAUGCGUUUCUGAAGAUGCUUUUUGCAGACAACUUCAUCCACGCGGAUCUUCAUCCUGGAAACAUCCACUUUCACCGACGGCGAGUUGGUGGAGACACAGGUCCAGUGCAAUCAGAAUUGGUCAUAUUUGAUGCUGGUCUUGCUGUGCAGAUGUCUCCAAAGGACCGGCGCAACUUCGUUGAUGUUUUUUAUGCUCUAACAACGAAUGAUGGUAAGAGGGCAGCCCAAUUGAUGGUAGAGCGCACUCCUGGCGAUCGGUCUCUUGUGCGUGACGAAGACGAAUUUGUAGCAAGUGUUGGUCAGCUCGUGAAUGAAGUUUGUGGUAUGGGUUUUGCCCUUGGGAAGGUUCGACUAGGUGAAUGCUUCGGGCGAAUGCUCACGCUGGCUUGCGAUCAUCGGGUGAAGCUGGAAACCAGCUUUGUGACGGUGGCGCUUGGCCCUCAGCCAGUGGAAGUGAGGAGAGGUCUUGAACUGGUUUCAAUAUGUUUCAAGUUAAACAAAAACUUAAAAUGUAUCCUUCCUUCAACGGCCGAAAAAAAGACGCCACCCACCUCAAUGCAAGAAAGGCCUUCCAGACACGGACGCAAUGAUCUUUUGGCCGCGCAAUCCCCGGCUGAGCUGACCUCUUGUAGCCAAAGGUGGUAG